AUGAUCUUGAAGUUUAAGAAAAAGAGCAAAUAAUUUUAAAACAAAAAUAAGAACCCAUUCAAAAAAUUUAUAAAAAAAAACAACAACAAUAAAUCUGUUCAAUCAAAUUAUAUAUCAACCUAUACAAUGAGAAAAGCAUCCAUCAAGCUUAUUGUAAUGCUACUGACGACGAUGAUGAUCAUGAUGGUGAAAUGAUACUGCAUGGAGGGAUAUUCAUAAUGAUGCUGAGACAGGCGAUACCAUCGAUCGAUUGAUCGACCAACUAACUACCACAUUAGCGGCUGAGGCUGAUGAAUUUACUACUGCUGCUAACUAAUACUAACACAAAAUGACUAACAACGACAAUAAUAACAAAAAAAAUCGAAACGACAAGAGCGACAACGAUCCUCCCAACUAAAACAGCAGCAAAGUGUUUUUCCCAGUCACAAACGGAACGUGUUGGAAUACAGACGUAUCAUCACACAAAAAUAUUAAGAAUAUACAAAGAGACGAACCAAAAUAUAUGAAAAAAAAAUUCAUACAAAGUGAAAAAUAUUAACAAGUUAUCUUGAAAUAAUAACAACAACAAGAAAAAUACAAAACAAAAAAAUUAAACGAUCAUUCAGAAUCAGAAUUUUUCAAAAUCAUAUAAAAAAUCGAAUAAAACAAAUAAUAAAAUACACAAUCACUGACUCAAAAAACGGCGACUGUAAUAAAUCGUCGAAAUAGAUUUAAUUUAAAUUAUUUCUCUUUAUAUAUAUUUUUUUGUCUUGUUUUCUAUUUAGAAGAGGAAUUUCUAAUAGAUUAAUUAAAUUGAUAGAUCGUGUCAAAUGUCAACUGUAUGCCAGUAUUUGUUCGCAUUGUAUAAAUGAACAUUUUAACAAAAAAAAAAAAAAAAUAAUAAUAAAUAAAAAAUAAUAACAAUAAUAAUAAAAAAACAUCUACUCUAUAUAUUAUCAUAUAAGUUGUUUGUACUUUUACUUCUUAUGGUCGCUAUCAGUAACGUCGAUCCUAAGUAGUCAGACUCGUAGGCAGUUAUUGUCAUUUUUUCGGCACAAAAUCGAACAAAUUUUCAAUUCAAUAUACAAACUCUUUAUUGUGAUUAAAAUAAUAUACUCACACUCUCAACGAAAUUAAUAACAAUAAUAAUAUAAACCCCCAAAGAAAAAUCACUGUAAUAAAUUAAGUAAACAACAAAAUAUAAUGACAAUGUCAAACAAAGUGAUAAUUGUCGAAAAAAGAGUGUGAUAAGUGAAAAGUCAUUAAAAAAAGCAAAAACAAAAACAAAAAGUGAGCAGAGAUUACCCUUCAAAUAAGACGAAUUUUAAGCAGCCGUGCACAAUUUUUUUUUGGUGAAAAAAGAUCGAAAUAUUUGUAUACGAAUAAGAUUUGUUGUUAUUUUGGUUUUGAAAUUUGAGAAAUUUUACAUUUGCGUUUUGUUGUCGUCUUUAAGUGAUCGUAAUGUGAGUGAUUUUUGUUCUUAUUUAACAUAAAAACAAAGAAAUACCAAAAGUGCCAUAUGGAAAAUCCAAACAUCUGUGUUACAGAAUAUCCAAAAAGAAAAUAAUAAUUGAGUUGUUAGUAUUCAUUUAAAUAACAAGCAAAUUUUUCAAAACCUAACGAAGAAAAAACACACACAUAAAACUAAAACUGAUACCAAGCGCUAAAAGCCAGCAUCUCGAAAAAAAUCCCCAGAAUUAGGGCCACAUAAAAGAAUUUACUCAAGUUACUAGUGAAAUUUGAAAAAAAGAACCACAAAUUAUUAUUAUUAAUCAAAAAAAUUAAAUUAAAUAAUUAUGUUUAAUAUUUCUCAAUAAAUACUUCUUGAAAUUUUGUUAAAAAUUAUUGAAAAGUUUUUAUCCGAAAUCAAAUUAAUUACCAAUUACUCAAUUCUAAAUAAUUACGAAACUUUUCCAAAAUGGCAUCAUUUGUUUAUGCCGUUUGGAGUAUAACGAAUGUGGCUUCGGUUCACUGUUCGGUACGUCCUGAACUUUCACCGUGUACUUGUGAACCCACCUAUGCCCAUAAUUAUGUUGAGCUAUCCUGUGAAAAAGUCGAUUCUUUUCAUACUAUUGUUGAUGCUUUGUCGAAUAAAUUUGAACCGAAUGUUAAUAUAAGCUUAAAAAUAACCCAUUCACAACUGGAAGAUCUGGAAAUGCGUUCGUUUAUGGAUAUGAAAUUGAAUCUGGUGAAAUUAAGAAUGCUGUGGAAUGGAUUAAAAUCUGUGCCAGAAUUACCAUUUCGAGGGUUAUCAAAUGUUGAGUAUUUAGGUCUUGGUGACAAUGAACUUGAAGAAAUUCCAAAGCACAUGCUUAAUCAUAUGCCGGUUGUUAAGACGCUCGAUAUAGGAAGAUGCCGUAUACGAUCUGCGCUACAAGAUGAUUUCAAGGGCACACAAAUGCUGACUAAUCUCUUUAUGCCGACAAACAAUUUGACGCGUCUUGAUCGUGGAACAUUUCCCCCCGGUUUGGUUACUCUACAUUUGGGUCGUAAUAAUAUCGAAAAUCUAAAUGGUUCCCUUAGACAUCUUAACAAACUGGAAUCGUUGUUUAUCAAUAAAAAUCGCAUAACUACAUUGGAAGAUCAAUUGCCCGAAUCAAAUUUGGUGAAAUUGAUAAUGGCCCAAAAUAAUAUGUUGGUACAUUUGCCCGAACGUAUGAGACAAAUGGAUAAAUUGGAAACAUUGCAUGUACAGCACAAUCAUCUUGUAUCAUUGGAUCGAGUGUUAAAGAAUGCCAGGAAUUUGAAUGAGUUUUAUGUCUUUAACAAUCGCAUCGAAUCAUUGGCACGCGAUGAAUUUCAAAUGGCAACCAAAUUGGAAGAGUUAGAUAUAGCCUGCAAUAAUAUUAAAUCUUUAAAUGGUUCAUUGCUGCCAUUGCAAAGUCUUUGUAACGCAAAUUUUUCAUUUAAUUUAAUUGAUGAAUUCUCUAUGGAUGAAAUUCGAGGUCUAAGGAGUUUAAAACAGUUGGAUUUAUCAAAUAAUCGUAUACGCAGAUUAUCUGGCCGCCAAGAAAAUAAUAUCGAUAAGAAUUCAUAUUUAGUAGAAUUAUAUUUGGAUUUCAAUGAGUUGACAUCUUUAGAUGGUGCCCUUAUGGGUUUAAAUAGUUUGCGCAUUCUGGGUUUAACACACAAUCAGAUUGAACGUAUUUUGCCUGAGGACUUUAUUGGUUUGGAAAAAUUAGAAAUCUUAGAAUUAUCGCAUAAUAAACUGUUGACCUUAAGGGAAAUGCAAACGACAGUGCUUCCCAGUUUGAAGAUUCUUAAAGUUGACUACAACAAUUUAACUGUACUCGACAAAGAUUUCCAUGGUUUGCCUGUUUUGUGUCAAGCUCAUAUGACCCAUAAUCAAAUUAUAAGCAUUUCGCAUGAAUUGGUUGCUAAAACUAAUUGCAUAAAUCAUAAUGUAGCCGGUAAAUUGGAAUUAUACCUGGAAGAUAAUCCCUUCCAUUGUAAAAUGCUUUUGGACGAAUAUUGUCCUUUAAUGGCCAAUACCGAAAAGCGUAUACGUUUGCGUACAAAAUGUUUUGAGGCCUAUGAGGAUGUGUGCAAAAAUCGUCAAUUUGUGUUAAUGGUACCCACUAAUGAUCUAACACAACAAGUAAUACCGGUCAUUUUACCCUCGACGGAUCUACUGAAGAAGGCAGAUAAUUUAUUGCCACCAUUAUUUGCUCCGUUAGGAGGUCAGGGCAAUAUAAAGCCUUUGAUUCUGGCACCAGCUAUACAAAUUUUGGAGCCUACAAUAACUACUACUACGACCACCACAACGACCACUACAACAACAACUACUGAACCCCCUACUAAAACUACUACAGUAGCACCAACUACGACCUCCAUCCAACUAAAUGAAAUGAUUGAAAAUGUAAACGAAACCACCAACAACGAAACUUUUAGUGUGAGCAAUGAAACUGAGGUAACAACUUUAAUGCCACGCCUAAAUACUACUCAAGAAACUCAAAGCAUUCAAUUAGCCAAAACCGAAUUUAACGAUCAAGCCGCUACUACAACCCAAAAACCUUCAAUUUUGGUUUUAAACAUGGGUGAUUCGCCGCCUUCUGUUAUGCCACCCGAUGCAAAAAAUAAUAAUGUGCCUAAAACGGAAUAUGCAACUAUGGAAUAUAUACCUAACAUUGGGAAUCAUGCCAAUCAUGAAUUAGUACCACCUCCCGAUGUACUCAUUGACGAUGACUCCAAGUCAAAUUCAAUACACGAGGAGUAUCAUACAAAAGUCAUCACCGACUAUGAUAAUGCUCCCCAAAAUCUACUACAACCGGAUGAACCGCCUGAAAAUCCUUAAAAAUUAUAUAAAUUAUUCUCUUUUAUUAAUUAAUUUUCAAUUUAGGUCUACAUUCAAAUUGACGUUAGUCCCCUCUGUGUAACGGAAGAGUGUUUAAAUAAAGUAUCUUUUUUUGUAUUUGUUUACACAGAACAUUAAGAAGGUGUCAAAUUAAAUCAAGUUAUUAAAUACGAUAUCAAUACCUAUGUAUACCAGAUAUAAUUUAGAUUAUUAUUACGAAUAUAACGAUAUUUAAAAAUGAGAAGAAGAAUUGAGGGAACCUUAACUUGUAUGUGGUUUUUUGGUUUUAAGUUAUUUUUAGUAGAUUUUUUUUACAAUAUAUUUUUUUUUGUUCUUGUAUAGUUUUGUAAGAUUAACUUUUAUUAUUUUUUGAGUUGUAUUUUUUCGAUAUACAUACCUACUAUUAUUAUCAAUACUACUUCUACUAAAUACUAUAUUGUUGCCAGAAAAGGUAAAUUAUACAUCAUAAUAUUUGUAGCUAAGAUUUUAGUAUUUGUUUUUUUUUUUUUUUUGGAUAUAUAAUUGUAUGUACUCGUAAUAUGUAUGAAGAUAAUAAAUAGUUAUUUAAUUCAAAAUAUUAAAGGACUUU